AUGUACCGGCGCAGCUACGUCUUCCAGACCCGCCAGGAGAGGUACGAGCGGGCCGAGGAGGAGGCGCCGGGCCGCCUGGCCUCGGACCCAGCCGCCGCGCCCAACCUGGCGGAGCUGCAGGGCCUCGGCGAGCGCGUGGCCGCCCAGGUCCAGCGGGCUCGCGCGCUCGAGCAGCGCCACGGCGUCCUCCGGCGGCAGCUGGAUGCCUUUCAGCGCCUGGGCGAGCUGGCCGGCCCCGAGGACGCCCUCCUCCGCCAGGUCGAAGGCAAUCGCCAGCGCGCCCGGGACCUGGCGGCUGAGCUCGCCCGGCUGGAGCGCCGGGGCGCAGAGGCGCAGCGCGCGUUCGACGAGUACCGGAGCAAGUAUGAGAAUGAAUGCGAAUGUCAAGUGCUGCUAAAAGAAACGCUUCAGCGGCUUAACAAGGAAGCUGAUGAAGCCUUACUGCGCAAUCUGCACCUUCAGAUUGAGGCCCAGUUUCUGCAGGACGAUAUCAGUGCAGCAAAGGACAGGUACAAAAAGAAUCUUCUGGAAAUUCAGACCUACAACAGCCUCCUGCAGCAGAUCAUCCAAACCACCCCUCAAGCAGCCGCCAUUACAGAUGGGACGAGGGAGGAGAAGCUCCUGAUGGAACGAGAGGCGACAGCCCUUCAGAGUCAGCUGGAGGAGGGCUGGGAGGUCCUGUCUCUCCUGCAGGCGCAGAGAGCCGAGCUGCAGGCCCAGACAGUGACCCUGGAACAAGCUAUUAAAGACGCCCACGAGUGUUACGAUGACGAGAUUCAGCUUUAUAAUGAACAGAUUGAAACCCUGAGGAAGGAGAUUGAAGAGACUGAGAGGAGCCUGGAGAAGUCUUCCUAUGACUGCCGGCAGCUGGUGGUCGCCCAGCAAACCCUGAAGAACGAGCUGCACCGCUAUCAUCGGAUCAUUGAGAACGAAGGCAACAGGCUGAGCUCCACCCUCUUUGAAGUGCCUGUCACUCUAUUCCCCACGGGCCGUGGAGCCUCUCUCAGCCCUCGACCCAGCGGGAAAGGGACAGUAGAAGGGAGGGGAAGAGGCAGAGAGAGAAACAUUGAUGUGAGAAGGCCCAAGCAGCGCUGCCCACUCUCCUUUGGGGAAGUCCAAGAUUUUGCCAGAGCUGUGCAGGAUAUAACACAGCAAACCAAGACAAAAAGGCCUCCUAAGACCAUUCCAAGGAAAAGGAGAUUAUAG